UCCGACACCAGCCCAAAAGUUCACAGAAGAAUAAACUUCUGGUCCCAGAGACCGACCCAGACUGGAUCCUGCACCGUUAUAAUGGGACACAUCGUUCGCGCAAUAGGGCAUGUCGGCAGGCCAGGGAUGGUCUUGACCCACCGCAAUGGGGGACAGCGAUGAUGAAUACGAUCGCAGGCGCAGGGACAAAUUCCGACGCGAGAGAAGUGACUACGAUCGCUCUCGAGAGCGAGAUGACCGACGCCGAGACGACUGGAGUGACAGGGAAUGGGACCGAGGCCGGGAGCGCCGGAGCAGAGGGGAAUACCGUGAUUAUGACCGGAGCAGACGGGAACGCUUCUCCCCCCCUCGUCACGAGCUGAGCCCGCCACAGAAACGCAUGAGACGGGAUUGGGAUGAGCACACAGCAGAUCCCUAUCACUCUGGCUAUGAGAUGCCUUACAGCGGGGUCUCCACGGGCCCAUCUUAUGGGCCUCCCCAGCCUUGGGCACACCCUGAAAUGCAUGUGACGCAGCACCACAUCCUCCCCAUCCAAGCCAGAUUGGGGAACAUUGCAGAGGUGGAUCUGGGCAUCGCUCCGCCCGUCAUGAAGAAUUUUAAGGAGUUCCUCCUCUCCUUGGAUGACUCCGUGGACGAGACGGAAGCCGUCAAGCGCUACAACGACUACAAGCUAGAUUUCCGCCGCCAGCAGAUGCAGAAUUUCUUCCUGGCCCACAAGGAUGAAGAGUGGUUCCGGUCCAAGUACCACCCGGAAGAAGCCGGACGGAGGAAGCAGGAGGCCCAGAACGCUCUCCAGAACCGGCUCAACGUCUUCCUCUACCUGAUGGACAACAGCUGGUUUGAGGGCCUGCAGCUGGACAUCGACAAGGCCAACGCCAUCAUCAAGGUCCUGGAUGCCGCUGUCAUCAAGAUGGAAGGCGGGACGGAGCACGAUUUGAAGGUCUUGGACCAGGAGGAGGAAGAGGAGCGUCCGGAGAAGGCUGAGCCUGGGAAGAAGGAGGAGAACCGGCUGCCGGAGCAGGAGCGGAAAGUAUCCGAGAAGGAGGAGAAGAAAGAGGAGGCCAAGAAGGCCAAGACUGCCGAGGAGGAAGCUGCGGAGGAGAAAGGCAAAAAAGAGGAAGAGGAGAAAAGGGGGGAGAAGAAAGAGGAGCCUGAGAAGGAGGCAAAGAAGACCACCCACAAGCACAAGCGGAAGCGCAGUGGGAACGACAGCUACGACGAGGGGAGCGUUUCAGAGUCCGACAGCGAUUCCGAGAGCGGGCGCCCCCAAGGAGAAGACAAAGACAAGAAGCCCAAGGAGGAGCCGGCCGGCCCAAAGGACGGGGAGGGGUCCCCCAAAGGCAAGGAGAAGGACGGGGAGCCCAAGCCUCGCGCUCUGCACAAGACCUGCUCCCUCUUCGUGCGCAACAUCGCCCCCAAUAUCCCCCAGGCUGAGAUCGUGGCGUUCUGCAAAAGGUACCCCGGCUUCAUGAGAGUGGCCCUUUCAGACCCUCAGCCGGAACGGAGGUUUUUCCGGAGGGGCUGGUUGACCUUCGACCGCACCGUCAACAUCAAGGAAAUUUGUUGGAAUCUCCAGAAUAUUCGGCUGCGAGACUGCGAGCUGAGCCCCGGCGUCAACCGGGACCUGACCCGCCGCGUGCGCAACAUCAACGGUAUCACGCAGCACAAGCAGAUCCUGCGCAACGACAUCAAGCUGGCGGCCAAGCUCAUCCACGCCAUGGACGACCGGACCCAGCUGUGGGGGGCCGGAGAGGCCCAGCUGCCCUCCGAAGUGUCGAACCUGCCCUCCCAGAACCCUAUCCUGAAGAACAUCACCGACUACCUGAUCGAGGAGGUCAGCGCGGAAGAGGAGGAGCUGCUGGGCCGAAGCGGGGAGCCAUCGGAAGAGACCCCCAAAGAGGGGAACCCGGCCGAGAUCACAGUGGAGAGGGACGAGAAGCUGGUGAAGGUCCUGGACAAGCUGCUGCUCUACCUGCGCAUCGUCCACUCGGUGGACUACUACAACACCUCCGAGUACCUCAACGAGGACGAGAUGCCCAACCGAUGCGGGAUCAUCCAUGUGCGGGGGCCCAUCCCCCCCAACCGUGUCACCCCCCGCGAAGUGGCCGAGUGGCAGAAGGCCUUCGAGGAUAAGCUGCUGCCCCUCUUCAGCAUCCGGGAGUCCCUGUCGGAAGAAGAAGCCCUCAAGAUGGGCAAGAAGGACCCCGAGCAGGAAGUGGAGAACUUCGUCACCUCCAACACCCUGGAGCUGGGCAAGGACAAGUGGCAGUGCCCGCUCAGCGGGAAGAAGUUCAAGGGCCCCGAGUUUGUGCGCAAGCACAUCUUCAACAAGCACGCCGAGAAGAUUGAGGAGGUGAAGAAGGAAGUGGCCUUCUUCAACAACUUCCUGAUGGACGCCAAGCGGCCGGCCCUGCCCGAGUUCAAGCUGAACCAGCCGCCCGUCCCCGGACAGGGCCUGGCACCAGGGUUGCCCUACCCACCGCAGGCCCCCCAGGGACUGAUGCCCUAUGGACAGCCACGCCCGCCCAUCCUGGGAUACGGAGGCGGUCCUCCGUACCCCCCGGCUCCCUAUGCCGCCGGGCGGGGCAACUACGACACCUUCCGAGGGCAGGCUGGAUACCUGAAUAAGCCACGGAACAGGAUGGUCCGAGGAGACCCCCGCGCCAUCGUAGAGUACCGGGACUUGGACGCACCUGAGGACGUCGACUUCUUCUGAGCCCCACCGCCUUGGCUUCACAUCCCCCCACCCCUCCUCCCUCGCUUUUUUUUUAAAACAACGCCGUCAUCCCGCUCGCCCCUCCCUGUGUGCGUGUGUGUGUGUGUGAAGCCAGGUCCGGAUCCGUGUCUUUGAGAUCCGUCCGCCAGUUUUACAUGUUUAGCUGUAUUUGGAUUUCAAUAAAAGCCUCUCCGUU